AUGGAGAAAUCAAGCAGCAGUAAGCGGCCGCGAAAACCGAACUUCUCGCUCUCAGAGCUUGAAAUUUUAGUAGAAGUAAGUAAAAACAGGGAUGUAUUAAUGGGGAAGUUUACAGACAGUAUUACAAACGAAAAAAAGAAGAGAAUCUGGACAUUGAUAGCAACAAAGAUCAACGCCUCAUCCCAGGCAUGCAGGUCCAUGGAUGACGUAAAGAAGAAGUGGCAAGAUUGGUCAAGUAGUGUAAAGGGAAAGGCCAGUAAAUAUGAAAAAGAGAGAAACAGAACAGGCAGUGGACAAAUGACGGAACCGGCACUGACACCACUAGAAGAGAAAGUCUUGGCCGUGCUUGGAGUGACAGCUGUAGUCAUAGAAGGGAUAGCAACUGAAAUGGCAGAUACUUUUAUGUUCUGUUAA